AUGUGCUUUGAUUAUGUGGUUAUCACGUCCAAAAAUACCCCAGAUUACCCGCUGACCAUAGCAGAUUUGGUCGAUCCUGCUACUGCUCUCGUUCAGAAUGGGUUGAAUAUUGAAACGCCAUACCUACAAAGGUACACCGACAGUAUAUGUCUCUCUAGUGUAAGCCUGAUCGGACCCCAUAAAACAGCACCAGCUGUCAUUGAGAAUGAAGGCCACAAUUGGCUUAUUAUCGGUCUCAUCAGUUUGGCAAGCUGUACUGGAGGCGGGAAAACAGAUUGUACCUUCAUUCCUGAUGUUCCAUUCCAUCGAUGGCAGAAGCUGGCUUAUAACGUAUGUCUGAAUCCCAUUUGUGCAAUAACAGGAUUGGACACAGGACGCAUUCGGCUUGCGGAAGACACUGUGUCCACUGUGCUGCGACCUGCAAUGCAAGAAAUUGUGGCUGCUGCAAAGGCUGUAGGAGUCAUUCUUCAUUCGGGAAUUGAGGAUCGAAUGAUCAAUAUAGAUCCUUUAACCAUGUAUCUCCGGCCAAGCAUGCUGGAGGAUGUUCAAAAGGGCAAUCUUGUUGAAUUUGAGACGCUCGUCGGGGAGCCGUUAAGAGAAGGCUUAUCAUGCGGGGUGUCGAUGCCAACAUUGACAGUCUUAUAUCGCCCCCUGAAGGCUAUGCAGUGGAGGUUGAAGAAGCAAAGGGGAAUAAUCGACGUUCCCGCAAAGGGCGAAUACCUCAAUGAUGGCUUGAAAUAA